CGCCUCGUUUACCUAAAAAAAAAAAACAAAAAGCCCAUUGUCUCAUCUUCUGUAGGAAUCAUGAAGUGGAAUCACCACCCACUCAGGCACUCACCAUUUUAAUUAACCAACAGCAGCAGGCCAGCAGCGACCUCUUCCUCCUCUCCCACUACUUCAAAAGCACUGCUUCCAAAUCAAACAUGCACUUUCCCCACUUGCUAAGCUUCACUUCCACACCUGCCAUGCACCUUUCUCAGUUUCCCAGUCACCACAGCCAGUCAUCUGGCCAUGUUCAGAGUCCCCACUUGGGUAAAACCAGACCCAGAAGUCAACAACCUCCGAUUUCCACUUUAGGAUGUUACAAUGUUAAAGACUACUUGCAGACUCAAACACCCAAAAGGAAAUUGAAUCAAGGAAGUGGGUUGAGAUAUUCGAAUUCGAAAAAUAGGAGCUUUGCAGUGAGGUCCAGUUCAACAUUGAGCGUAGAUAAAGUGUUGGAGAGUGAUGGAAAGGCAGGUGGGAAGAGUAAAUAUGAUGCUAUUGUUAUAGGGUCAGGGAUUGGAGGGUUGGUUGCAGCUACACAGUUGGCUGUGAAGGGUGCCAAGGUUUUGGUUUUGGAGAAGUAUGUGAUUCCUGGUGGGAGUUCUGGGUACUAUGAGAGGGAUGGUUAUACUUUCGAUGUUGGGUCUUCUGUCAUGUUCGGUUUCAGCGAUAAGGGCAAUCUAAACUUGAUAACACAAGCAUUGGCAGCAGUGGGUUGUGAGAUGCAGGUGAUACCUGAUCCAACUACUGUCCAUUAUCAUCUACCGGAUAAUCUUUCUGUUCGAGUACACAGAGAAUACAGUGAAUUUAUUUCAGAACUUACUGCUAAAUUUCCCCAUGAAAAGAAUGGGAUCCUAAAAUUCUUCGGUGAAUGUUGGAAGGUUUUCAAUGCCUUGAACUCUUUGGAACUGAAGUCACUUGAAGAGCCUAUCUAUCUUUUUGGACAGUUCUUUCAGAAGCCUCUUGAAUGCUUGACACUAGCCUAUUAUUUGCCUCAAAAUGCUGGGGACAUAGCUCGUAGGUACAUUCAGGAUCCCCAACUGUUGUCUUUCAUUGAUGCGGAGUGUUUUAUUGUGAGCACGGUCAAGGCUUUGCAGACACCGAUGAUCAAUGCGAGCAUGGUGAUGUGUGACAGGCAUUAUGGUGGAAUUAACUACCCUGUUGGUGGCGUUGGGGGAAUUGCAAAGUCCUUGGCGAAAGGUCUGGUGCAGCUGGGCAGUGAGAUACUUUACAAGGCCAAUGUUACUGGCAUCAUACUUGAUCAGGGUAGAGCUGUUGGAGUAAGGCUUUCAGACAAGAGGGAAUUUUUUGCCAAAACCAUAAUAUCAAAUGCUACAAGAUGGGAUACCUUUGGAAAGCUGUUAAAAGAAGAAGACCUUCCAAAAGAAGAGGAAAACUUUCAGAAACUUUAUGUUAAGGCACCAUCUUUUCUUUCCAUACACAUGGGGGUGAAAUAUGAUGUUCUGCCACCAGAUACAGAUUGCCACCAUUUUGUGCUUGAGGAUGAUUGGGCAAGGUUAGAGGAGCCAUACGGAAGUAUAUUUUUAAGCAUUCCAACUAUUCUUGAUCCAUCGUUAUGCCCAGAAGGGCGGCAUAUUCUUCACAUAUUUACAACCUCUUCCAUUGAGGACUGGGAGGGACUCUCUCGAAAGGACUAUGAAGCAAAGAAGGAGCGUGUGGCAGAUGAAAUCAUUAGCAGAUUAGAGAAAAAACUAUUUCCAGGGCUCAUGUCAUCUAUCGUUUUUAAGGAGUUUCUCCAAUCAUGUCAGGUGGGAACGCCAAAGACACACAGGCGGUACCUGGCUCGUGAACAGGGUACUUAUGGACCAUUACCACGCAGAACUCCUAAGGGCUUAUUGGGAAUGCCAUUCAACACAACAGCCAUAGAUGGUCUUUACUGUGUUGGUGAUAGCUGCUUUCCGGGACAAGGUGUUAUAGCUGUAUCCUUCUCAGGAGUAAUGUGUGCUCAUCGUGUAGCUGCUGAUAUAGUCUCAGUUUCCUCGUCAAAGGAACAAGGAACAUUUGGGUUUGGUGGGGUUCCUUUUGUAGAAGACCACAUCGCCCUCACUCAUAUCUCAUUGAUCCCACAUUUCACAAUUUGGGUCUUGAGAAGAAGUCUCCAGUACUGGAUGCUGCCCUUCUUGGACUACUUGGGUGGUUUAGGACAUUAGCAUGAGACUUUGUCAUACAGGAAUACAAUCUGAAGUGCAGCUUGACAAUUUGGCUGGAGAAGCAUUAUGUUGCUUGGGUUGAUGCUUGUAAAGACAAUUAUAAGUAGCAGGUUUGGGGCAUAUUGAUGGAUGGAAUGGUAGGCAUAUCUUGCUUGUAACUUGUAAGUAUCACUGUUAUAUAGUAAGUUGAGGAGGUUCAAUGUGCUCUCCCUAUUUUUUUUUAUACUUUUUUUUUUUUAGAGCCUAGUGAGUGUUUUAUGGCAGUAGCCAUGUUAUCAACUUUGGCACAGUUGAAUUACCUUUUGUAGUUCUUACAUGAUUAAGAUGAAGUUUAUACACAUUGCUCCGGAAAAACUAUACAGGGAGCUCCAUGCUAUUUGAUCUUCAAUCUUUUCCUGCCA